GCCAGCCACAAAUAACGCUCAAACACGAAGAAGGGAAGCUGAAUGAGUGUGUUAUGAAAUGUCUGUGGCUGGUGGUCGUCUGUCGCUCCUGGUCAGCCGUGUUGGACUCGUUCUGUGCCGGUGUGCUGCGGCUCCGCCAUCAUUCCGCGCUGUUGGAUGUAACAGAGGGACGAAGUUACCUGCUGCCGGCGCCACUGUGAUCCAGAGCCGAGCACUCAGCGACACGCAGCACGUCAGUAAAGGGAAACUGGUGCGAAAUGGAGAGGAAAAGAAAGCAGUGAUCUGUAUUGAGGGGAACAUUGCCAGUGGGAAGACAACAUGUCUGGAGUAUUUCAGCAAAACUAGCAACAUAGAGGUCCUUACAGAACCAGUCUCUAAAUGGAGGAAUGUCCGUGGACACAACCCUCUGGCACUGAUGUAUCAGGAUCCUGCACGCUGGGGCAUCACACUGCAGACUUAUGUUCAACUCACCAUGCUGGAUAGACACCUGUCGACGAUAGCAGCUCCUGUCAGGAUGAUGGAGAGGUCCAUCUUCAGUGCCAAGUACAUCUUUGUGGAGAAUCUCUUCAAAAGUGGGAAAAUGCCUGAAGUGGACUAUGCUGUCCUCACUGAGUGGUUUGAUUGGAUCACAACUAACAUUUCCAUUCCGGUUGAUCUGAUUGUCUACCUGCAGACUUCUCCUCAGACUUGUCAUGAGAGGUUAAAACAGAGAUGCAGAGAGGAGGAGAAAGUCAUUCCAUUGGAGUAUCUGGAGUCCAUCCACCAGCUGUAUGAGGACUGGCUCAUCAACCGGACCUCAUCCCCUCUUCCUGCUCCUGUUCUGGUGAUUCCUGCUGACCAUGACCUCCAGAAGAUGCUCAGCCAGUAUGAAGAAAACCGUGACAAAAUCCUAGCAGCUAGCUACCACUGAUACCCUGUUACACACACAUCCUGCAUGGAGACAGGACAUCCCAAAACCAUUGUUGUGCAGUUUAUCUGCUACAUUGACUUAAAGCUUUUCACAACCGCUAGAGUUCUAAGAUUCUGAUUUACAUUUUUAGCAAUUUGGCAACUCAUUUUAAAAAGGGCAAAUGACCAUUUGUAGACACUUUCCAAAAUGUAUAUAUAAAUAGAACUUCACACCAAGCAAAAUAGUGAGUUUAAUAAAAUAACUUGAGAAACUUUUAAGCAUCCAUCCUCUGCGGAUGUCACCUAAACUGUGACGUUUAGCAGAGUUGUACCACAUUGUUUGUAGUUUCUGGUGCAUUUGUUAUUUAUUAGUGCUUUUUAGUCUACUGUGUAAAGCACUUAAGUUUAUCCUUUAUUGUCGACGAUGAACGACAAUGAUGGAGUGGAUCACAAGGGGACAAGUGUUUUUUAUUUGUGGGAGUGGAGUGUUAGCAACAGCCAGCACUCCACCCACUACAGUUACAGACUACAUGUAUACCUUAAAGUGAUAUCAUUGAUUUUGGGGCCACAUGAAAGCCAUGUAGUGUUGACAUGUUUCUGUUACUCCUUUGUAUGAGUGUAUGAUAUUUGGUCUUAUACUAUAUUAAAUCAUUUCUAAUUAAAGUAAUCAAAAUAUU